AUGUCGAAAAUAGGAGGCAGCAAAAGAGAACUGUUUAUUGACAAAAUGACAUCUGAACAACCAGUCAUGCUCUCAAAAUUGCUCACCUCACCAUCUGGUACUACAUUCCUGAAUUAUAGCACUAUAAUCAGAGAUGUUCCAGCACAUUCAAUCAAGUUCAAGUUCUCCCAAACAUUGAAACCAAACAUAGCCAAAAUAGCCUUAUUAUUGAAUGAAAAAUCAUCUGGAUUUGUGAAACUGGAAGAAGAACUACAUCUUGCAAGUAACUCAACAAAACUGGUGUGUAAUGUUAAGUUACAGACAGCACAGGUACCAUAAACUUGUCAAUCUGGAAGCAGCACAUUCCUCAGCUAAUUGAUGGCAACUUCUAUACUAUCUCACAAAAGUGGAUUUGUUGCCCAAAGAUUCCAAGCAUUUUGCCAAUGAUAUAUUCAAUGUGCAACACCAAUCAAUGUGGAAGAAAGGUUGUCAUCAAC